CUCUUCCACGGAUGACAUUUCACUUUUCUCCGAAAAAGAAAUGAAAAAAAAGUUCAUGAGCAAACUGUAGCAAUUGCACAGACAAGGAUUCGUUCGGCUCAAGUACACGCAGCAAUACUCACAUAUCUCUACGUGAUUGCUUCUGAAUGUUGUGGUAUGUAGCUACUGUAAUCGUGUGAACCCCUAGGGUGCAGUUUUUGGGUGGCAUACCAAGUGUUUGAUGAUUUUCCUGUUCGACGGUGAUCACAUUUUCGUUCGUGACGUACCUUUUUGGCACUUUUUCCAAGUCUACAAAAAUGUGAAGUUCUCCGACGUCCUAAUUGAGAUAUGGAGAGCUUAUUUUCGUCCCGCGGUCCGUAUCCCGUCUCGGAAAUUGGAGGUUUUUAUCGAUUUGAAGGAUCCAUCAGACCUGCACUCGGGCAAAAAAUUUCGGGCCUGCGUCCCGUAAUAGUGAUGGCUCAACCUAAUACCAGAAUUUUCCAUAGAAAACUGCCCAAGAACCUUCGAUAUCCUCGGCGCACCAAGUUUUCACCAGACAUAGGUGUGAACACAUUCUUGAAGAAGAAGAAGAAAUACAGUCCUGACACCGAUGGCACUGACCUCAAUCCUCAUGAGGUUUUGUUAAAAAACGAGACACCUGAUUCACUUGAUGGAAGUCUCGUGGUUGAUAACCAUGAUGAAUCCGAUACUGAUGAUGAUGAAAAUGCUGAAGAAGAAUUAAAAGAAGUAAAUGAUAUGAAUACUGUUUGGGACUCCGAUGAGAUUGAAGCAAUUUCAUCCCUCUUCAGAGGAAGGAUUCCUCAAAAACCUGGAAAAUUGAGUAGGGAAAGACCUCUUCCUCUGCCACUUCCAUACAAGCUUCGACCUCUGGGACUUCCCACACCAAAGAAGAAUGCAAGAGGAGCUUUCUCUACAACAAUUUCUUCCCGACAAUCAUUUUAUCAUCAAGUGUACAAGAAUCCAAGUUUCUUGGUUGAUUUGGCCAGAGAGAUUAGAAGCCUUCCCCCUAAUCAAGAUGUGUCUGAAAUUCUCAACAAGUGGGAUCGGUUUCUUCGGAAAGGGUCCCUAUCCUUAACAAUCCGGGAGUUGGGUCACAUGGAUCUUCCUGAUCGAGCUCUACAGAUAUUCUGUUGGGCUCAGAAACAACCACUUUUAUUCCCUGAUGAUCAUAUUCUUGCUUCGACUGUUGAAGUCUUGGCAAGGGCUCAUGAGUUAAAAAUGCCAUUCAACUUGGAAAAGUUCAUUAGCUUGGCAAGCCAGAGUGUUUAUGAGGCAAUGAUAAAGGGAUUUAUUAGGGCGGGAAGCUUAAAACUUGCCUGGAAACUUGUUGCAGCUGCUAAGGAUGGUAAAAGAAUGUUGGAUCUUAGCAUUUAUGCUAAGCUAAUUUUAGAGUUGGGAAAGAAUCCUGAUAAACACUGGCUAGUAUUGGUCCUACUGGAUGAGCUAGGGGAGAGAGAAUAUCUGAAUUUAACACAGCAAGACUGUACGGCUAUCAUGAAAGUCUGCAUAAAGCUUGGAAAAUUUGAAAUUGUGGAGAAUUUGUAUAAUUGGUUCAAACAAACUGGUUGCAAUCCAAGUGUGGUCAUGUACACUACUCUGGUUCAUAGUCGUUACACUGAGAAAAAAUAUAGGGAGGCAUUGGCUGUGAUAUGGGAAAUGGAAGCUUCCAAUUGUCUUUUAGAUCUUCCUGCUUAUCGUGUGGUAAUAAAGCUUUUUGUUGCUUUGAAUGAUCUAUCAAGGACAGUUAGAUAUUACUCUAAACUUAAGGAGGCAGGUUUUUCUCCGACAUUUGACAUAUACCGAGACAUGAUUAAAAUUUAUGUGGCUUCUGGGAGGCUGGAAAAGUGUAAGGAAGUCUGCAAGGAGGCAGAGAUGGCAGGAUUCAACCUGGAUAAGCAAAUGACGUUGCAGUUGCUGCAACUUGAGAGGUGAAUGGUUCAACAUUUUCAGUAUAAGAGUCGAUGCUUUUAUAUGUGAGCUGGCAUUUUCUUUUGAAACAAUAAGAACAUGCACGGUGAAGACUAUGAAAUUUCAAGAGCUUGGAUAUACAUCGAUAAUCACCUGUGGUUACAUAUUCAACAUGGUUGUAGACUUUCGCUACAGUUGUUGGUUGCCAACAAGUUUCAAAACAAGGCCUUGGCUCAGUAUUAUAAGUGAAGACCAUCAAUUCCUUUAUUUCUAUUGAUGCUCGCCUAUCUAUCAUUUUUCUCCUUCCUCCUUUUUUAUCCCUCAGAAACUAUGUUGAGGAUUAUCCCCAAUUCACCCAUCCCACCUCUUUCAGUUGGUACAGCUGACCUGUGAAAUGUAUAUUUGAUGUUAACUUUGAAUUUAUUUUAAUUUUGGGUUAUUUAUUUAUCUAAUUUUGAAAAGUACUUAAUUAUGUACUGUA